CCCCUAAGUGGAUGUUCUAACAUAAGAACUAAUGACAAGCCAUACGCCACUUCUAUUGUUCACAGCACCUUCAUAGCCUAGUAAUUACGGCACAGCAAAACACCAACCUCUUUCUUCCAAAAGAGGCAGUAUCUUGUACCUGACCCCACAACUGUGACUUACAGAUACUAAACUGAAGAAGCUUCUUAUGCAAGCCCUAGCUUCGCUCUGAGCACAGCCUCGUCUGUUUUAGACAUUUAUCAGCUCGGCAGCCGAGCAGACGCGCGCUAUCCUUGCGCUGCUGGCAAAGCCCACAGAGCCUGGGAAAGGUGGAAAUAUCUGGCCUCGCAAAACUGCCUGCAAAACACUGACUUCCGUCAUGAGAAUAUGGCUUUUACUUGCCGUGUCAUUUUUCUGCUGGCUAAGCUGCAGUGUUGCCAAAGAGCAGAAUCGGAAUCGUCCCAUGGCUCAAGGAAGACGAAGGAGGGGGAAGAAAAUGGCCCGUCAAGGCAGGAUGCCAGUAAAUGGUGGAUAUAAUGGAGGACAAGUUUUCAUUGAGUCUUAUAAAGAGGUAGAGGAAGCCAAGCCGAACUACAAUGUUAUUCCAGGGGACAUGGGACAAUGUGUAUUUCAGGGCAUCACUAUGUUUGAUAAAACCGUGUGGUCACCGAAGCCCUGUGUCACCUGCUUAUGCUCCAGUGGCAAUGUGGUGUGUGAUGAAAUGCAGUGUCCACUUCUACAAUGCCAACUCAAAUUUAAACCCAUUGGACAGUGCUGCCCAAUCUGCAUUGGAGCCACUCAAGAAGUCUCUGAACACUCUGGCGAUACCCCUGUUCCUAACGAUCCAAGUGUCCCAUUUCUGCCCGACCAGGACAUAAGGAGAGAAAAAUACAAGGAGGAAGAGGAGAGGCUCCUGAGGAAAGAUGUUGAGCGUAAGAAAAGAAAGAAGCAAAAAAAGUUAACAGAAAAACAGAGGAAAGACCAGAAGGAGCAAGAGCAGGAGGAGGAAAUGAGGAAGUUGAGAGAGGAAGCAGAGAAGAGGGCAGCGGAAGAAGAAGAGAAGAGAAAGAGAAUUGAGGAAUACCAGCGAGUAGAGGAAGAGAGGAAGAGAAGAAGGGAGAAGGAACAAAGAGAGAUGCUGAGGAGUUUUGAGGAGGCAGCAGCGCGAGCGCGAAAUGAACUCAGGGCAGGGGAAGAUGUGGAGGAGGAGGAGGAGGAGGAGGAAGAGGAGACUGUGUGGUUAAGAGGGGAUGUUUUCCAAAUGUCACCACAGUUACCAACCCCUCCAGCCUUUCCACCAACGACAGCACCAUCUGAACCCGGUCAUGCUGGAGAGGGAAACGAUGCAGACGAGGAAUCGGCACGGAUUAGCUAUGUACUCCCUCCGGGAUGCACAAUCUCUGAUGUCAUUGUCUCCUGUGAAAAUGCCAAACUCACCAGUAUUCCUCCUCUUUCCAUCCCUGAGCUCAAGUCUCUCAAUCUACAGGGAAACGCAAUCACUACCAUUCCAGCUGAAGCUUUUAACGGUGUACUGAAUUUGGAGUGGAUUGAUUUGGGAAAAAAUAAGAUCUCAUCAUCUGGAAUUGAUCCACAAGCAUUUACCAAGCUCAAAUUUUUAACACGGUUAUAUAUGGAUGGAAAUUUGCUUCAACACAUUCCUCCAGGCCUUCCACAUCAGCUACAAGAAUUAAAGAUUAAUGAGAACAACCUCCAGGAGUUUGACGAGGACAGCUUUGAAGGUCUGAGCAAUCUGGUAACUCUAGAAAUGGAAGGGAACUUACUGAGUGAAGGAAAUGUAAAUCCCAAAGUCUUCACACCACUGAAACAGCUCAACUACCUAAGACUAGGAAGAAACCACUUCCGCACCAUUCCUCAAGGCCUACCAGCAUCUCUGCAGGAGUUGCAUCUUGAAAAUAACCUAAUUGAGGAAAUCCCUGGUGAAGCUUUUAACCAAAGCAAAAACCUCAAUGUUGUUGUAUUAAGGCACAAUAAAAUAGAUGAAUCACGGAUUGCACCCUUUGCCUGGAUCAAUCACAGAAAUCUGGAAUCAAUAGAUCUCUCGCACAACAAACUUCAUUUGGUCCCAUCCUUCCUGCCAAUGUCCUUGGUCCACCUGGUGCUGGUCGGCAAUCAGAUCGAACGCAUUCCAGGAUACGUUUUUGCACACAUGGAGCCUGGUCUUGAGUAUCUGUAUCUCUCCUACAACAAGUUGGAUGGAGAAGGGGUGGAACCUGAGUCUUUCUUUGGCACUUUUAGCACUAUGACUGAGCUAUGUCUAGACCACAACCAACUGACAAGCAUUCCCAUCGGUGUCAACGAGAUGACAUCAUUACAUUUCCUCAGGCUUAACAACAACAACAUAAGGCACAUAGGAGAGGACAAUAUCUGCGACCCCUUGAAUGAUGAGGAUUCACACAUAGUAGCCUUGCGCCUUGAGAAUAAUCUGCUUGACCUCCGGAAAAUUCCUCCAACUGCCUUCUCAUGUGUUAGGUCUUAUUCUAGUGUUGUUAUGAGGCCUCAAAGAAUUAAAUAACCUUUGAUGAAAUAUCAAGCAUGUUAAUUGUUCUUAAUACAGUGUCUAUGCUUAUGCCCAAAUAAAAUGGAGAGAGGCAAAGUAAUGUAAAAUUGUCCAAACUCUCUAACCUGUUCAGAGUGUUUAGCAAGGGCAUUGUUCAAUAUGUUGAUCAUUUUAUAAGACAAGGGCCUUUAUUUCAUUAGCUAUGAGAAACAAGGCAUGGUUACUUGCUGGUAUGUAGAGCAUGUCAGCAGAUGUCUGUGGUUACGGGGAUGUAUUUAGACUUUUAGUCUUUCUAUGAAUGCUAAAUGGAAACAUUUGACUUUCUGAUUGUUCCGUCAGGGAAAGUGGCAGAUCUGAAGAUCCAAAGCUAUUUAAGGAUAUGGCUCUGUUCACACCAGUAUUUUAUUAUUUCAGCAUCUUCUCAUACAGUACAUUUCCAGAGAACAUAGGCAAAAAUGUAUAGUUUUACAAUCAAUAUGCCAUAAACAUGUUUUACAAUAAGUUGAUUUGCAUAGCUGCACAUUACCACGAAGAACAAACCAAAAGAUGAUUACUACUGAGUUAAAACAAAUGUAUUAGUAUUCUAUUAUAUUGUCACAGUAUUCAUAAGAGCUCUGUUCUCAUAUACCCCUGUCUUUAUAUGUAUUUAAUAAGGUUUAAAUAAAAUAAAGCCUACAUUUUUUCAUCA